CCGCGCAGAUUUGUUGGGUCGGCGAUCGGCACCGAGUAGAGCCUCGCCAGGCCCCCGUAGAAUCCCCAACAGCGUUGAACGUUUGGGCAUUGGCAUGUUGCUUGCGCAAUCGAGACAGGAGAGGGAGGAAGGGGAGGAGGAGGGGGAGGGGGGUGGCUCGGCGCGGGGCGAGACGGGUGCAGAUGAGCUCGGCAAAUGCUCCAAGCUUGCGAGAGCAUGGCCACACAAAAGCACACCCGAAGUACAGCAAACAAACACAAUAUUUAAACACCUUCUCCCAACAUACAGCCCAGGACGGCCUUUGACACAAAUGCGGUGCCUCGGCACCUUCGGCACGCUUGGCUAGCACGGAAAAACACUGAUACCAUGCACGGCGCUGGCAAGUGUGCUCACUGCUUCACUGCAGAAAUACAAGGUGCGACUGCCGCGCGCCCGUAGGGGCGGGCGCCCGCGCGCACAGGUGCACCGAGGCCCUGAUGAUGGCGGAUCCCUGUGCAAGCCCGUGCGCGGAGGGCGUGAUGAAUAAUAAAAACAACUGUGUAAAUUAUGAGUCAUUACUAUGCCGUCUACGACCAGCUAACCCACUCCUCGGCACACUGCAACGAAGGAUACGCCCGGUGAGACGAUAGUGCGACAGGAACAGUGCCGUGCCGUAGAGUCACUGGGCCUGAUGCAACAGAAACAGAAUGGGCUUACUCAGCGGUGCCAUUCCGUGAUUCGCCAGCCACACGGGCCAGAGGCAGAUUGAAAUCUCUGGCACGAGUUUCAGACUGGUUCUAGUUCGCGCGCGCGGCGACCCCUGGGGACCACCAGACGGAUGCCCGAACUGCGGGGCGCGACCCUCGGGGCACCAGGAGCGCACCAGGAGGGCCACCAGGAGGCGCCAAAUGGGUGGCAGGCCCCACGGCCUCAGGCCAAGAGCGCGCCUGUGCAAAAAAUACUUCGAUUGAAUAAAUCGAGUGCUGGCGUACGGCCACGCCUGAGACAAAGUACCCACACGGGGAGAAGGGUAAAGACACACACACACACACAAAGCACUGGGACUGUCCAGCCGAGAAGGGGAUGGAGAGAGAGGAAGGGCGUGCCACUAGCCUCGACAGUCAAGGGUCUCCAAAAUCGAAAUCGAUGCCGUCUGCCCCUUCAGAACCAGCUGCAUCUGCCGCAGCGGCUGCCUCUGCGGCGCCGCUGGCCGCACUCCGCGAAGUCUGCGCAGUCCCUCUGCUCCCCCGGCGGCGCUGCACCGCAGCGACCCUGUGGCGUCCGAGCUCCUCCGCCUGCCUCCCCUCGGCGGCGCUGGCGGGCGCGCGCUCCCCGAGCUCUGCGCGCUCCGCCUCCGCGUGCUGCCUUGCCGCAGCGGCGCCUCCGCCCCGCCCCGCGGCGAGGCCCGGCGGCCCGUGGCCGCCACGGCACGCGGGGGCCCGAGCGCGGCCUCC